CGCGCGCCGCCGCCGGGAGCCGCGCGGACCAAGCGGUUUGUGUCCGAGGCUCGCUUCGUGGAAACGCUGCUGGUGGCGGACGCGUCCAUGGCCGCCUUCUACGGCCCCGACCUGCAGAACCACAUCCUGACGCUGAUGUCCGUGGCCGCCCGCAUCUACAAGCACCCCAGCAUCCGGAACUCCAUCAGCCUGGUGGUGGUGAAGGUGCUCAUAGUAGAAGAUGAGAGCUGGGGCCCAGAGGUGUCCGACAACGGUGGGCUCACGCUGCGCAACUUCUGCAACUGGCAGCGGCAGUUCAACCAGCCCAGCGACCGGCACCCAGAGCACUUCGACACGGCCAUCCUGCUCACCAGACAGAACUUCUGUGGGAAGGAGGGGACGUGCGACACCCUGGGCGUGGCAGACAUUGGCACGAUCUGCGACCCCAGCAAGAGCUGCUCUGUGAUCGAGGACGAGGGGCUCCAGGCGGCCUACACUCUGGCCCAUGAGCUGGGGCACGUCCUCAGCAUGCCCCACGAUGACUCCAAGCCCUGUGCACGGCUCUUCGGGCCCAUGGGCAAGCACCACAUGAUGGCACCCCUCUUCGUCCACCUAAACAAGACGCUGCCCUGGUCUCCCUGCAGUGCCAUGUACCUCACGGAGCUCCUGGACGGUGGGCAUGGAGACUGUCUCCUCGACACCCCUACCUCGGCCCUGCCCCUGCCAACAGACCUCCCGGGCCAGAGGGCCCUGUACCAGCUGGACCAGCAGUGCAGGCAGAUCUUCGGGCUGGGCUUCCGCCACUGCCCCAACACCUCCGCGCAGGACAUCUGCGCCCAGCUCUGGUGCCACCUGGAAGGUCCAGAGCCCUUUUGCCACACGAAGAAUGGCAGCCUGCCCUGGGCGGACGGGACGCCCUGCGGGCCUGGGCACCUCUGCUGGGAUGGCAGCUGUCUUCCUGUGGAGGAAGUGGAGAGCCCCAAGGCGGUGAUGGACGGAGGCUGGGCCCCCUGGGGACCCUGGGGAGAGUGCUCCCGGACCUGCGGAGGAGGGGUGCAGUUUUCACACCGCGAGUGCACGGACCCUGAGCCUCAGAACGGAGGAAGAUACUGCUUGGGUCAGAGAACCAAGUACCAGUCAUGCCACACAGAGGAAUGUCCCCCUGAUGGGAAAAGCUUCCGGGAGCAGCAGUGUGAGAAGUAUAACUCCUACAAUUACACUGACAUGGAUGGGAACCUCCUGCAGUGGGUCCCCAAGUACUCAGGGGUAUCCCCCCGGGACCGCUGCAAGCUGUUCUGCCGAGCCCGGGGGAGGAGUGAGUUCAAAGUGUUUGAGGCCAAGGUGAUUGACGGCACCCUCUGUGGGCCCGAGACUCUGGCCAUCUGUGUCCGUGGCCAGUGUGUCAAGGCUGGCUGUGACCACGUGGUGGACUCACCUAGGAAGCUGGACAAAUGCGGGGUGUGUGGGGGCAAAGGCACCUCAUGCAGGAAGGUCUCUGGUUCCCUCAGCCCCUCCAGUUAUGGCUACAAUGACAUCGUCACCAUCCCAGCUGGUGCCACGAACAUCGAUGUGAAACAACGGAGCCAUCCGGGGGUCCAAAACGAUGGCAACUACCUGGCCUUGAAGACAGCUGACGGGCAGUACCUGCUCAACGGGAACCUGGCCAUCUCCGCCAUAGAGCAGGACAUCCUGGUGAAGGGGACCAUCCUCAAGUACAGUGGCUCCAUUGCCUCCCUGGAGCGGCUGCAGAGCUUCCGGCCCCUGCCUGAGCCGCUCACCGUGCAGCUCCUGACAGUCCCUGGUGAGGUCUUUCCCCCCAAAGUCAAGUAUUCCUUCUUUGUUCCUAAUGACGUGAACUUCAGCAUCCAGAGCAGCAAAGAGAGAGUAACCACCAACGUCAUCCAGCCCCUGCUCAACGCACAGUGGGUGCUGGGGGACUGGUCUGAGUGCUCCAGCAGCUGCGGAGCUGGCUGGCAGCGACGGACCGUGGAUUGCCGGGACCCCAGCGGCCAGGCCUCCGCCACCUGCAACAAGGCUCUGAAACCCGAGGACGCCAAGCCCUGUGGAAGCCAGCCGUGCCCUCUGUGACCUAGCGGGGCAGGGCCAAGUCUUGUGCUCAUGGACUCGGGGUGCUGGGGUGCAGACAAGUGUCCCCACUGUGGUGACCCUCUGUGAGGAGGUGGUGUGGCUUACCCAGGCCUCACAUUGCACCAGCCCCUCCAGCACAGGGAGGGGAAGAGAGGAUGGGCCAAUUGAUCAUAAUGUCUACUUUCUAGUGAAUGGGACCUUGCUUGGGUUCAAGUAGAGGGCAUAGGUUAAAGGUAAAAAGUGCACUUGUUUAACCAAACAGCAGACUAGCAAAGGACUAGCCCAAAGACUAGCAAAGUUAAAUGGAAAAAAAAAUUGUUUUCUAUUUGGUUUCCCCUAUAAAUAAUCUACCUCAGAGGGGAAAAAAUUAGUCCAAGAGAGGUGUGGGGCAGGGGGUCAAUGGUGAAUGUCAAAGCAAGCCCCUAAGCUGGCUUUAAACGUGAUCAUGACUCUCUUCAGUAUUAAAAUCCACUGUCAAAAGGGCUGCAGGGCUGUGGAGAGCCACGUGUUCUCAGGCUUCCACCUGCAGGGGUGGAUCCAUUUCAAGUAUUUAUGCAAAUGUGUCUCUGAACUAAAGUGUGAUCUUGUGCUAA